GUGGCCGCAGCGACCGAUUAAUUCACUACAAAGGGGGAUGCGUAUCGCGCAUCGAGCCCUCGACAGGCCCCUCUAAACCCACCUUCGGCCCUACUGCCAAGAGCUCUCGUCCCUUCUUCGCCCAUUGCUUUGGGCAGAAGGACGCUACCCAAUCCCAUUUGGAGGGUGGGACUAUUUCCUAUAUAAAGCUCGGAGUGAGUUUAGACACGUCAGUUUUGUAUGAGCUACCAAUCGCGUUAUAUUAGUUACAGAGUUAUUGGAGAGUAGAAGAAGCAAGAGAGAGAGAGAGAGAGAGAGAGGGAGAAGCUGAAAAACAGGAAGGUUUUCUUUACCUGGCAAACAGUCAGUAGCAAAACUUCAUGUGACACGAUCGGAAUCUCCAACAGCACGGUUUAACCGUGCACCUGUGUGGAUGAUGCCGCAGGAUCUUUUUCAACCAUGGCUUACUUCGGACACCACCAAUAGGAGGUUCACGAUGUUCACCAUAGAUAACAUAUUGUAUAAUGGACCGAAGCAAGACGACAAGCUUGUAAGGUCUUUGCCGAGUUCGACAACAUCGACGAGUAACCCUUCUGCUGCUCUGGCGGUAUCCGAGGACGAGGGCUCGACGUCAUUGAGCGCGUUCGAGCGUACGCCGUUCGCGAGUCCGGACGUCGCGAGAUCAUCAUCGUUCGCGAGCCCAGAUGUUAUGGGACCAGUGUCGUUCACGAGCCCGGAUCCUAUGAGACCAGCGUCGUUCACGAGCCCGGACGCUGCAGGACCAUCGUCUUUCGCGAGUUCUGACGCCGAGGGAUCAUUGCCUCUUACGAGUCACGAUGCCGAAAACUCAUCGUCGACCACGAAUUCGAUGGUGUCCGGGUUGCUUCAUACUUUUCCCAGCUUAUAUCCAAUGAUUCAUCUGGGUGUUCAUCCUAGCGUUUAUUGCAAUAUCCAAACGGGACACAUCUAUUCGAAUUUAUUCGCUCCUGAAUUGUACAAUCAAUCCGUCGAAGAGGCGGUACAGAUAGUUCACCAACAGGAUGUCGCCGUCAAACAAAUGAAGAAGAUGCGUCCCAAAAAAUUCCGCUGUCAACAUUGUAAUAUGGCGUUCAGCAACAACGGUCAGCUCACGGGUCACGUUCGCAUACACACAGGUGAGAGACCAUUUAAGUGCGACUUCGAGUCCUGCGAGAAGUCGUUCACCAGGAACGAGGAGCUCACUAGGCAUAAGCGAAUUCAUACCGGCGUACGACCGCAUUGCUGUCCGCUUUGUAACAAGCGGUUCGGUCGUAAGGAUCAUCUGAAGAAGCACACCAGGACUCACGAACCUCGCGAUCCGUACCGCGUCCCGGCGGCGGCGGCAUUAGGCGUGUUCGCUUUCAGCCAAUUACAGCAAGCCAGCCAACUUUCACCGUACGUGUAUCACGUCUAAUCGCAGAACAUUUCGCUACAAGAAAGAAAAAAAUCAGUCGCAAAGACUAUUAAAUCUCAAAUCCCCAUGACAUACAGGAUAAUCGGAGACACAGGGUCCGGUCGAUUGGAAGUGAUACACAUGGUAUCGCUAUUAAUCAACCCAGACACACUUCCAAGGGACAUCUUGUGGAUGUCUUGAAGGCGUCCUUAUGUUCUCAGAACGUUUACAGGACAUCCUCAAGACGUCCCUCAGAAAGUCUGUGUUUGAGAAUAAAUUUCCGAAAGAAAAUUAAAAACGAAUGUAUAAACGAGCGUGAGCAUUUUGCACGAUUAAUUCUUAUUAACUUAUUCGCAGCAAAAAGAUCAUUCAUUUUGAUUUGCACAUUAAGACUGAAGAGAGAUGAUAAUGCAUCAAUAAUAUGAUUUCUCUCUUUCUAGUCAUGCUUGAAAAUGUGAGGAAAAUUUGUUGUGUAUAAUUUGUCAUUUAUAAUAAAUUAUACGCUCUUCAUGAAUAGAUUGCGUAUGUGUGAUUGUGUUGCGCUACAAAUGUAUUAUUCACAAUAAUUUACAAGACGUGACGCGCACCACGAUUGCUUUGAUAACUUUAGAUACCAAAAUAUUUUUGAUACUAUCACUUACACUCAAAUAAAAAUUCGUUGCGCGACGAAUUUGCAAUAUGAGACAAAAAUUGAUACGUAAUUGUUGAGAGUUUCGCAAUAUUUUCUACAAUAUUUUCUAACGAACGUUUCCGUACCUCACAGCGGUACCAGUUUCUGUGACGGCAUCACUUUGCGCGAUGCAAUGUAAUAUAAUGUAUAUAUGUAUUUACUUAUUAUCUUGCAGUUAUAAGUGUUGUACUGAAAGUGCUCAGUGCUGUACUUAUAAUUGAUAUCAGUGACCAUUCACUGAUUCACUUUAAAAGAGUAACAGAAAUAAAUUAUUCAUUAACUAGAUAAUUUAUCUUUCGUAUUCAUCUACCAUAUUCUUUUCAAAUGAAUCGGUAAAUAUGUAUCUGAUUGAAUCAGUAAAAGGAAUGUUCCACCAAUAAUCAAUGAAUACUCACAGCGUACAAAUUCGUUGUACAAAUCCAGCUUUCUACGUUGAUAGCGAUGGACUUAACGACUUCUAUGCGAUCUGCGCGUAAUGACACUGUCUUUAUUCGCAAAUAAUAAGAACAGUCGAUAUUAUUAACAGAUUCUUUCAGCAAGAUCUUACUCAUUGAAGUGUUAUAAUUAAAUCAUUAUAAAGAAUAUAUAUAAGAUUGAAAUUUAAAGUUGAAGGGGAGAUAGUGUUGAAUUGAACUUUCUUGUAUGCGACUCAAAUACAUACACACAAUAUAUAUUUUAUUAUAUUUAACAGAGAU